ACCCACAUUUCAAGCCAUAAAAUGAGGAGGUAGGGAGGAAGGAAGGCAAGGUUAUUAGUUAGUAUUACCGCAGGCAGCCCACCAUCUCGUCCACCUCCUUCCCAGCCCAGAUACCAUUCCCUCCCUCCACCUCCUCCUAUAAACCAUCACGGGGACAGUCACAGAGAGAGGCAACAGCAGCAGCGAGCAAGAAGCAAACGCUCGAGCAACGCAAGGGAAAGCAUUUUCUCAAAGCUUGCCGUACGUGCAGUGCACUCUUCUCCUUCUCGCUUCCGGCGAUAUAAGCUGUUGCCGGAGUCGGCGGUCAUGUCUGUGUCGUCGGUAGUGUCGUCGUUCCUGUACGGCUGCUUCAACCCGGCGGGCGGGCGGUACCACCACCACCGCGCGGGGGCCUACUACCACAGCAGCCACCCGACGAGCGCCGACACCUUGUACUACAACCAGGGCGGGCUCGCCGGCGGCGGCCGCAGGAUGGGCCGCAGCAGCCGGCCUCUGUCCUUGCAGACGGUGGAGCUGAAGGUGCGGAUGUGCUGCUCGGGGUGCGCGCGGGUGGUGAAGCACGCGCUGACGAAGCUGCGCGGGGUGGACAGCGUGGAGGUGGAGGUGGAGAUGGAGAAGGUGACGGUGACCGGGUACGUGGAGCGGCACCGGGUGCUCAAGGAGGUGCGCCGCGCCGGGAAGAAGGCCGAGUUCUGGCCCAACCCGGACCAGCCGCUCCACUUCACCACCGCCAAGGACUACUUCCACGACCAGGAGUCCUUCCGCCCCAGCUACAACUACUACCGCCACGGCUACAACGGCGACAAGCACGGCCACCUCCCGGAGCCCCACCGCGGCUCCGACCCCGUCAGCAACAUGUUCAACGACGACGACGUCAACGCAUGCUCCGUCAUGUAAUUAACCCUAAUCAUCGUCUUCAUCGUGUCGUCUACUCGUCGUCCUCCUCCUCCUCUCGAGGUCGUCUAGUGCUCGCCGCCGGCCGCCGGCGUGGCCGGGUCCGGGAACGCCAGCGGUAGCAGCGGCAAGAAAAGGUAGACAAGUGGGCUGCAUGCUCUGCUGCUGUAAAGCUAGCGUUGUGGUAUGGAAUUGAAUGAUCAGUGGUGCCCUCUACGGGCUACACAACGUA